AUGCAAGUGCCUGAAGUGUGCCUGGCCGCCGGCUGGCUCUUGCUGGCCCUGUGUCUGUGGGAGCAGCCCGCAGAGGCUGCGGCCUGCCACGGAUGUUCUCCUGGAUCAAAAUGUGAGUGCAGUGGUAUAAAGGGGGAAAAGGGAGAACGAGGAUUUCCAGGUUUGGAAGGCCAUCCAGGUCUGCCAGGAUUUCCAGGUCCAGAAGGACCUCCAGGACCUCGGGGACAAAAGGGUGAUGAUGGAAUUCCCGGGCCAGCAGGACCAAAAGGAAUCAGGGGUCCUCCUGGACUUCCAGGAUUUCCGGGGACACCAGGUCUUCCGGGAAUGCCAGGCCAUGAUGGAGCUCCAGGACCUCAAGGUAUCCCUGGAUGCAACGGAACAAAGGGAGAGCGUGGAUUUCCAGGCAGUCCUGGGUUUCCUGGCUUACAAGGUCCUCCAGGACCUCCUGGGAUCCCAGGUAUGAAGGGGGAACCAGGUAGUAUAAUCAUGACAUCACUGCCAGGUCCAAAGGGUGAUCAAGGAUACCCAGGUCCUCCUGGAAUACAAGGUCCACCUGGUCCCAAGGGUAUAUCAGGGCCAAGUGGUCCUCCAGGACAACCAGGCUUAAUGGGCCCUCCUGGUCCACCAGGCCCACCAGGACCAAAGGGGAAUAUGGGCUUAAAUUUCCAGGGACCCAAAGGUGAAAAAGGUGAACAAGGUCUUCAGGGCCCACCGGGUCCACCUGGACAGAUCGGUGAACAGAAAAGACCAAUUGAUGUAGAAUUUCAGAAAGGAGAUCAGGGAGUUCCUGGUGAUAGAGGACCUCCUGGACCUCCAGGAAUACCUGGUCCUCCAGGUCCUCCAGGUGGUGUGAAAGGUGAAAAGGGUGAGCCAGGAGAGCCAGGCAAAAGAGGUAAACCAGGCAAAGAUGGAGAGACUGGCCAACCGGGAAUCCCAGGUUUGCCUGGUGAUCCUGGUUACCCUGGUGAACCAGGAAGGAAUGGUGAAAAGGGCCAAAAGGGUGAUAUUGGCCCACCUGGACCUCCUGGACUAGUAAUUCCUAGACCUGACACUGGUGUGACCGUGGGAGAAAAAGGAAAUAUUGGGUUACCUGGUUUGCCUGGAGUAAAAGGAGAGCGAGGAUUUCCUGGAAUACAAGGGCCACCUGGCUUUCCUGGACCUCCAGGGACAGCAGUCAUGGGUCCUCCUGGUCCUCCUGGAUAUCCUGGAGAAAGAGGCCAAAAAGGUGAUGAAGGUCCCCCUGGAAUUUGUAUUCCUGGAUCUCCAGGACUUGAUGGACAGCCUGGGAUUCCUGGACUUCCAGGGCCUCCUGGUCCUCCCGGCCCUCAUUUGCCAUCCCGUGAUGAGAUAUGUAAAGAAGGCCCUCCAGGCCCCCCAGGAUCUCCAGGUGAUAAAGGACUCCAAGGAGAGCAAGGAGCAAAAGGUGACAAAGGUGACACCUGCUUCAACUGUAUUGGGACUGGCAUUUCAGGGCCUCCAGGCCAACCCGGUUUGCCAGGUCUCCCAGGUCCUCCAGGAUCUCUUGGAGUCCCUGGAGAGAAGGGUGAAAAAGGAAAUGCUGGAAUGACUGGUCCAAAAGGAUUACCAGGAAUACCUGGACUUCCAGGUGCUCCAGGCUUUCCAGGAUCUAAAGGUGACCCUGGCGACGUCCUCACUCUUCCGGGAAUGAAAGGUGACAAAGGAGACUUGGGUUCCCCUGGAGCUCCAGGGCUUCCUGGUCUACCUGGGACUCCUGGAAAGGAUGGAUUGCGAGGACUCCCUGGCCCCAAAGGAGAGCCUGGUGGAAUUGCUUUUAAGGGUGAAAGAGGUCCUCCUGGAGACCCAGGUUUGCCAGGUCUCCCAGGAAAUAUGGGACCUAUGGGCCCUGUUGGCUUUGGACCCCCAGGCCCUAUAGGUGAAAAAGGCAUACAAGGUGUGGCAGGAAAUCCAGGUCAGCCAGGAUUACCAGGUCCUAAAGGGGAUCCAGGCCAGACCAUAACCCAGCCAGGGAAGCCUGGCCUGCCAGGUAAUCCAGGCAGAGAUGGUGAAGUGGGUCUUCCAGGUGAUCCUGGACUUCCAGGCCAACCAGGUCUGCCAGGAAUACCUGGUAGCAAAGGAGAACCAGGUAUCCCUGGGAUUGGGCUUCUUGGACCUCCAGGUCCCAAAGGUUUCCCAGGAAUUCCGGGACCUCCAGGAGCACCUGGAACACCUGGAAGAAUGGGUCCAGAUGGCCCACCUGGGUCACCAGGCUUUCCAGGACCAAAGGGAGAGCCAGGAUUUGGGUUACCUGGGCCACCUGGGCCACCAGGAUUCCCAGGUUUCAAAGGAACACCUGGUCCAAAAGGUGAUCGUGGUUUUCCAGGACCUCCAGGUCCUCCAGGACGCACUGGCUUGGAUGGGCUACCUGGACCAAAAGGUGAUGUUGGAUCAAAUGGACAGCCUGGCCCAAUAGGGCCUCCUGGACUGCCAGGAAUUGGUAUUCAGGGACCACCAGGACUACCAGGAACUCCAGGGCCAAUCGGCCAACCUGGCUUAAAUGGAAUACCAGGAGAGAAGGGAGAUCCAGGACCUCCGGGGUUUGAUGUUCCAGGACCACCAGGAGACAGAGGUAGUCCAGGGCCCCCUGGAAUCCCUGGCCUCAUAGGACCUCCAGGAUCACCCGGUCUCCCAGGAAAAGCAGGUGUUCCUGGAUUUCCAGGUGCCAAAGGAGAAAUAGGUAUGAUGGGACUUCCGGGCCCACCAGGACCUUUGGGAAUUCCCGGCAGAAGUGGUGCUCCUGGUAUUAAAGGUGAUGAUGGCAUGCAAGGUCAACCAGGUCUUCCGGGCCCCGCAGGAGAAAAAGGUGGUAAAGGAGAACCUGGCCUUCCAGGUCCUCCUGGACCAAUGGAUCCAGAUUUCCUGGGUUCAAAAGGAGAGAAGGGUGAGCCUGGCUUACCAGGUGUUCCUGGACUUUCAGGACCAAAAGGCUACCAGGGUUUGCCUGGAGACCCAGGGCAACCUAAACUGACUGGACAACCCGGAUCGCCAGGACUACCAGGUCCCAAGGGUGACCCUGGUCUCCCUGGUCCACCGGGACUUACAGGGCCUCCUGGACUUAAAGGAAACAUUGGUGACAUGGGAUUUCCUGGCCCUCAAGGUGUGGAUGGGCCCCCUGGACCUCCUGGAGUUCCUGGACAACCAGGCUCUCCAGGGUUACCUGGCCAGAAAGGAAGUAAAGGAGAUCCAGGUGUUUCAGGCAUUGGUCUUCCCGGUCUUCCUGGUCCAAAGGGUGAACCUGGUCAGCCUGGAUAUCCAGGAAACCCAGGUAUCAAAGGUUCUGUGGGAGAUAUUGGCCUGCCUGGAUUACCAGGAAGCCCUGGAGCGAAAGGGCAGCCAGGACUGCCUGGAUUCCCAGGAACCCCAGGGCUUCCUGGACCAAAAGGUAUGAGUGGUCCUCCUGGUAACCCUGGCCUCCCAGGAGAGCCUGGUCCUGUAGGUGGUGGAGGGCCUCCUGGGCCACCAGGACCUCCUGGUGAAAAAGGCAAGCCAGGUCAAGAUGGCAUUCCUGGACCAGCAGGACAGAAGGGAGAACCAGGUCAACCAGGCUUUGGAAUCCCAGGACCUCCUGGACUCCCAGGACUUUCUGGUCAAAAGGGUGAUGGAGGAUUACUUGGCAUUCCAGGAAAUCCUGGUCUUCCAGGUUCAAAGGGUGAACCAGGCUUUCAGGGAUUCCCUGGUAUGCCAGGUCCCCCAGGUCCUCCUGGUUCUCCUGGUCCGGCUUUGGAAGGUCCAAAAGGAACCCCUGGGCCUCAAGGCCCUCCUGGGAGACCAGGUCCUCCAGGUUUCCAAGGUCUACCAGGUUCAGAAGGCCCCCGUGGUCCCCCUGGAAAUGGAGCUAUUAAAGGAGAGAGGGGAAACCCAGGCCCACCUGGGCAACCCGGCUUACCUGGUUUGAAAGGAGAUCAAGGACCACCAGGACUCCCGGGUAAUCCUGGCCGGCCAGGUCUCAAUGGAAUGAAAGGAGAUCCUGGUCUCCCUGGUGUUCCAGGAUUCCCAGGAAUGAAAGGGCCCAUUGGAAUACCAGGCUCAACUGGCCCUGAUGGGGAACCAGGCCUUACCGGGCCCCCAGGUCCUCCCGGGUUACCUGGUCCUUCAGGACAGAGCAUUAUAAUCAAAGGAGAUGCUGGUCCUCCAGGGGUUCCUGGCCAACCUGGAUUAAAAGGUCCACCAGGAUUUCCAGGCCCUCCAGGCUUACCAGGUCCAAUUGGCCCUCCAGGAGAUCCAGGGCGCAAUGGGCUCCCAGGCUUUGACGGUGCAGGAGGGCGCAAAGGAGACCCAGGUCUGCCUGGACAGCCAGGUAUGCGUGGAUUGGAUGGUCCCCCAGGACCAGAUGGAUUGCAAGGACCUCCAGGUCCCCCUGGAACCACCUCAGUUGCCCAUGGAUUCCUCAUCACACGCCACAGUCAGACAACAGAUGCCCCACAAUGCCCACAGGGAACAGUGCAUAUCUAUGAUGGCUUUUCUCUCCUGUAUGUACAAGGAAAUAAAAGAGCCCACGGUCAAGACUUGGGAACCGCUGGCAGCUGCCUUCGUCGAUUCAGUACCAUGCCUUUCAUGUUCUGCAACAUUAACAAUGUUUGUAACUUUGCUUCAAGAAAUGACUAUUCUUACUGGCUUUCCACCCCAGAGCCCAUGCCAAUGAGCAUGGAACCCCUGAAGGGUCAGAGCAUCCAGCCAUUCAUUAGUCGGUAA